AUGGUUCGUGUAAUCACUCAAGAAACUUACGAUGAAAUUGUGAAGGAGAACAUGGAGGAGUUCGAGAUGAGUCCAGAAGAGGCAAUAAAAGAAGCUAUAGCGCAGUUUGAAGCACAGGGUGUAGAUUUAUCUAACAUAAUCAAGGAUUUGACUCUUGAAUCUGGUGAUAAACAUCUGGUCAGCUUAACAGUGAAUAAGCUGAAGGAGUUAUGUAAAAGAAACAAAAAUGACGACAAAGACAUUUUGGAGCAGUUGGAUGCAUUGAGGGUAGAAUGCAAAAAAGAUAUUGCACACAGAGUGAGGGCAGGCAAAGAUGGUGCUUAUUCAAUACUCAUAGACCUACUAGACGAGAAACUUAGAAGUUAUAUACAGAAGGAAAAUAAAAAAGAUGAGGAUUUAAUAAUUAAAAUUUUUAAAACAUUAGCAUCAUUAAUGGAUUCACAGCCUGAUUUGCUUGAACAAAAGGGUGUUGAUUUAAUUAAAAGCACACUAGAGAAAGUUCAAAAUGAAAACAUUUUAAUAGAAGCGCUCAAAUGGGCAAGUGUAUGUUGCGUCAAACAUGAAAUGAACCGUCAGAGGAUAUAUGCAAAGAAUAUUGGCGAGAACUUGAAAAUCCUAUUAAAAAGGAAAGGCAGUGCAAAGUUAUUAAGUGAAAGCCUCCAAGUGAUACGAAAAAUGACAUUGGAUGAUGAUGUUCGCGUCGAGUUCGGCAAAGCUCACGAACAUGCCCGGGAGCUUGGCAUACAGUUAUUGGAGAUCUUGACAAAUUUACUGAAGGAGAACACCAAGCCGCCCGAGGUGUCGGAGCUGAUGCUAACGAUCGCUUCGCUCCUGGUGAGGAAUGAACUGUGUGCCCUGGUCGCGGAACAUAGCGGCGGUCUGCUGUUCACAGUGCUCGCAGAUAACUACGACAACGUCGGCGUUAUCCAACAGGCGUGCAAAUUAAUAACAGCGUUGGCGGGCAACGACGAUGUUAAAAGACAAUUGGUGAAGAGUGGUAUCGUUCCAAUUAUAGUUUCCUUAUUGACAAGGUAUUCGAGUAACCCAACAGCGUCUACUUUAACGCUAAAGUGCGUCGCAGCGUUAACUCUACGCGAGCCGGGACACAGCAAGGAGUUCCUCGAAAACGGAGCACCGGAAGCCAUUAUUGAAUGCUUAAAGAUUCACCAAGAUGUCGCUAGUGUUCAGAAAAACGGCUGUUGGGCGAUACGCAACAUGGUUGCCAGAUGUCGCGAGUACAACACCAAAUUCCACGAAUUGGACAUCCAGAGCAUUCUGGAUAGGUCGUACGACAAGUUUGGGAAGGAGUUCGGCUUCGAUGUAAAAUCCGCGUUGAGAGACCUCGAAUGUGAAGUUAAACUGGACGAGCAGUGGACCGGGAAAGGGGUGCAAAUGCAGCAAUAA